GUCAUGCUCUUCGCAGUUUCAAUCAAUUUUAAAUAAAUUAUAAUUCCUUUGUUUAAAAAUCCAAUAUUUAAAUAUUCUUAUAUUGCUUCCUUAAUUUAAAAAUAUUAAUAUAAGAACUUCUAAGUAGUUUUAAAAAAUGCAGAGUGUGAUAAACACAGUAAAGGGCACUGCACUCGGAGUGGCCGGUUAUUUGACGCCUGUACUCAAGGAGUCAAAAUUCCAUGAGACAGGAGUGCUGACUCCUGAAGAAUUUGUGGCAGCUGGAGACCACCUAGUACACCAUUGCCCUACAUGGCAAUGGGCUAAGGGUGAGGAGGCAAAGAUCAGACCCUACCUCCCAAAUGAUAAACAGUUCCUGAUUACCAGAAAUGUGCCAUGUUAUCGGAGGUGUAAACAGAUUGAAUAUUGUGAAGACAAAGAGAAAGUAAUUGAGUCUGAACAUGAUGAGGACGGUGGAUGGGUGGAUACUCACCAUUAUGACACUCCCGGAUCGCCUGCUCUUGAGGAGAAGGUUUGUGAAAUGACUUUAGAAGCCGCAGACACGGGGGACAGUGAUGGUGAGGGUGCUGCUGCGGAUAAUGAUGAUGACGACGACGAUGAUGAUGAUGACGGUGAAGCCGAGGAUAUGGAACAAUUCCAAGAGUCAGGCCUACUUGAUGAAGUGGAUCCAUCAACAGAUCUGGCGCCGCGGAAGGAACCCAAGCCGAAAGCGGAACGGAAGUGGAAACAAGGGGAAGGUGACGAAAUCGUGCGCACGCGCACGUACGAUCUGCACAUCACGUACGACAAAUACUACCAGACGCCGCGGCUCUGGCUUAUUGGGUAUGACGAGAACCGGACAUUGCUGAGCGUAGAACAUAUGUAUGAGGAUGUCUCACAAGACCAUGCUAAGAAGACAGUCACAAUGGAGUCCCAUCCGCACCUCUCUGGACCUAGCAUGGCAUCCGUACACCCGUGCCGACAUGCGGAAGUGAUGAAGAAAAUAAUAGAGACAGUAACAGAAAGUGGCGGCGAGAUGGGUGUGCAUUCGUAUCUAAUAGUGUUCCUCAAGUUCGUACAGACGGUCAUCCCGACCAUAGAGUAUGACUUCACACAGAACUUCUCUAUCAACUAAAUAAAUCUCUAUGGUUUAGUUCUAUAUAUAUUCAGGCGGAGUGCCCGUCGGAUUUGGACAGCUAAUUAAUUAUGGGUGCUUUUUAGACGCUCGAGGUAUCAAUUGUAAGAUUUGUUAUCAGUGGCAUAUAUUUUUUUAAUCGCCUACCAAAUUUAUAUGUGUACAUUUGCUGUAUGUGUAUAUAGUGGUAACAGUGUUGCUAUGAACAGUACGGUGUGAGCAGGAUAACAAACGACUGAGUAUUGUACUCAAGAAUCUUAAAACUCAAACAGAUAUUUUAAUGCCAAUAUCGUUUUGAAGUUGUAAUUAACUCGAAUAAUCAUUCCUGUUGUUUUCUCUUUCUUACACACACAAACACGCACAUUUACGCACUCACGCGCACGCACGCACUCCAUACCAUUAUGUCUCGUUUGGGCGUGAUGUUAUAACUGCCAGCCAGUCAUAUGUAUACACGCGCACCGACAUGCACACACAUAUAAACACACCUACACGCAUGCAUGCACACCCGCAUGCACGCACAGGAUACCAUCUUGUCUUAGUUAGGUGUGACGUCAUAACUGCCAGUAUCAACUAUCGAUGGCAGUGACGUCAUUCAUCCCAGUUUCACAAGUAAUAACAGUCAAUUGUGUUAGCAUACAUACGUCAUACAUAUACUUAUGUGUUCAGUUAACAAAUUGAGAAGUGUACAUCCUUAUAGAUUAUUUGAUAU